GUAAAUACAUGUCCCAUACGCAAAAGUCCAAACCAAAAUAUUUGCCUAACUUAACCAACAGUGGAGUACGAAAGCCAUACAGCAGUUACUAGAAGUCUAUACAUUGAAACUUUCAGAGCACUAAAAGCUGUAAAAGAACAAAGAAAAUGGGUUCCAGAAAAGUACUCUGUUUCUCUAUCUACAGUUCUCUCUUGUUCUUGUUUGUCUCUUGUUCAAGAAACAAAAUUGCCGUAGAACCAGCUCCUCAAGUUCUUAAUUCCAAGAAAGUUGCUCUUUCUUUGUAUUAUGAAACUCUUUGUCCAUAUUGCAGGAAUUUUAUUGUGGUUGACUUGGCAAAGGUUGUCAAGACUGAUCUAAUGAGCAUUCUUGAUCUUAAGCUGAUUCCUUGGGGCAAUGCUAUACGACAAUCCAACAACACCAUCAUUUGCCAGCAUGGAGAAGAUGAAUGUUACCUUAAUACCAUUCACGCUUGCAUAAUUAACAUUUUGCCAGAUGUGAUGAAGCACUUCAAGUUCAUUAAGUGCAUAGAAGAGCAAUCUUCUCCUCCAAUUAUUGCUCAAAAUGGAGCAGAGGCAUCUUGGAAAUUGUGUGCUCAACAGUUAAAGUUUUCUAGUGAAGCCAUUAAGGAUUGCUACGACAGCGGAAGAGGAAAACAGCUUUUACUGCAAUAUGGAAGCAAAACAGAUAAUCUUAAUCCUCCUCACAAAUACGUUCCAUGGGUAGUUGUGAAUGAAACACCUCUGCUUGAGGACUAUGGAAAUUUCGUAGCUUAUGUCUGCAAAUCGUACAAAGGCAAACCUACACCUAAAGCGUGUGGUUCACAUCCCAGCAACUCAAUUUACGAGAAAAUGUCAAAUCAAUCUUUCUGCUCUGAGAGUCCAGCCAUGGUGCAGAUGAAGAAGGAGCCUCAAGCUUAAUUUUUAUCGGUUCUUUUAUUACCUUUGUAUACGAUAAUUUAACUGGCUAUGUGCUUGUUACUGGUACUAGUUAAUAGAGCCAGAUGAUGAAAUUUAAGGCUUUGGACCUAAAAUUUUUAUAUAUGUAUAUAUAUUGACAGUCGUUUAUCAUCUGCAUAUAUAAGAAGACUUGAAAUAUA